UAAAAAUAUGCAACAAACUCCUCAAUGCGUUUCCUUCUAAGUAUACCUAAUUUUAUAUAUUUGACAAUCAUAUCUCUAUAAAUUUAGUGACUGAUAACAGUAUUAACAUUAUUUUUAAACGAGCUUAACUUUAUUAUAUUAAAGGAUUACUUCAAACAAUUUUAUUUUUGGUACUUAUUACGUUAAAAUAAUAUGCCAGUGUAUACUUUUAGAGUACAUAGUUAAAUUAUUAAUAUUAGAAUUUAAUAAAUUGUAAAAAAAUGGCUGAGUUAGUUUUAGAUAUCAACAUUCGAGGAUGGGUGUUCUUACCAAUCGUUCUGAUUACAUUUCUCGUCGGCGUUAUAAGACACUAUGUUUCUCUUUUAAUUACAUCGCAAAAAAAAGUAGAAAUUACUCAAGUACAAGAUAGUCAAGUUUUAAUUAGAUCACGAAUUUUGCGUGAAAAUGGUCGUUACAUAUCAAAACAAGGUUUCUAUAUGAGAAGACAUUACUUUAAUAAUGAUGAGAAUGGUUACUUUAAAACUCAUAAACGUUCUGCUCCUGCUCAAACUGCCAUGCCUGACCCUAGUAUGAUGACUGAAAUGUUAAAAGGAAAUGUUACAAAUGUUUUACCUAUGGUUGUUAUCGGUGGAUGGAUUAACUGGAUGUUUUCAGGAUUUGUUACUACUAAAGUUCCUUUUCCAUUAACGUUACGGUUUAAACCAAUGUUGCAAAGAGGUAUAGAGUUAGUUUCACUGGAUGCAGCUUGGGUAUCAUCUGCUUCAUGGUAUUUUUUGAAUGUUUUUGGUCUUCGAAGUAUUUAUACAUUAGUAUUAGGAGAAAAUAAUGCUGCUGAUCAAUCACGUUUAAUGCAAGAUCAAAUGUCAGGAGCUGCUAUGUCUAUGCCAAUAGACCCAAAAAUUGCAUUUAAAGCUGAGUGGGAAGCUUUAGAAAUAAGUUCUCAUAAAUGGGCUCUAUCUGAUCUUGAUAAUGAAGUCCUAAAUGUAUUGUCAAAUAAAAGUAUUUAAGAGUUUAGUGUUGCUCAUUAUAAAUAAAAAAAUAUAACUGUUAAAUCUAGAAUUCAAUUAUAAUACUUUAAUUAAAUUAAUUGCUUUUAAUAUAUCAUGUCAAUUUGUGCACUUGCUAAUUUUUGA